CGGAGGUUAAGUUUCAGGAAAGCUCGCUUGGAUCCAAGAUAAAGGCGGGGUGUAAAACUGAAAACAAGAGUUGCCUGGGUCACGGAGGUCCUCUGAUCUCCUCUGCGCUCUGGACGGCAGCUCUUCCAGCUUAACAGGAUGGAGUCAAAGCUCUGACUGAGAGUCUUCUGGGGAGGAAACUGGAUAAAGCUGACAAGCGAGAGCAAUGGAGAGGCACGGCAUGUCACGGCAGUGUGUCAGCCACAGCUGACAACUCAGCCCAUUACUGACUACUGUGUGGAGCAUGGGGAGGAGGCGGUGGCCGGAGGAAGCCUUGGAUGUCAUUCCAAGGAGCUUGUGGUAUAUCCAAGAGCCUUCCAGGCAAAGAGCUAAGCGAGACUGUGGUAGAUUGGCAAGUUAGAGGCACAAUAUCAAUUGGCAGUAAGAAGAAUGGUUUGGACAAACAGUUGCUUGGCGCCAUGGCUCUGGAGCAGAACCAGUCAGUGGAGUACGAUUAUGAGGACACCGAGAUGAACUACACUCAUGACUACAGCCAGUAUGAAGUGAUCUGCAUAAAAGAAGAGGUCAGGCAGUUUGCGAAAGUCUUCCUGCCUGCCUUCUUCACGGUCGCCUUUGUCAUUGGACUUGCAGGGAACUCCAUAGUUGUGGCGAUUUAUGCCUAUUACAAGAAACAGAGGACCAAGACCGAUGUGUACAUCCUGAAUCUGGCUGUAGCAGACUUGUUGCUUCUGGUCACGCUGCCUUUCUGGGCAGUUAACGCAGUUCAUGGGUGGAUUCUAGGCAAAAUGAUGUGCAAAGUAACUUCGGCCCUGUACACGGUAAACUUUGUCUCCGGGAUGCAGUUCCUGGCUUGUAUCAGCAUUGACAGAUACUGGGCAAUCACUAAGGCCCCCAGCCAAUCAGGAGUGGGGAAACCCUGCUGGAUCAUCUGUUGCUGUGUGUGGACAGCUGCCAUCUUGCUGAGCAUCCCCCAGCUGGUUUUCUACACGGUGAAUGAGAAUGCUAGAUGCACGCCCGUCUUUCCCCACCACCUAGGAACAUCCCUGAAAGCAUCCAUUCAGAUGCUGGAAAUCUUCAUCGGUUUUGUGGUUCCCUUUCUCAUCAUGGGCGUGUGCUAUGCCAUGACUGCUAGGGAGCUCAUCAAGAUGCCCAACAUUAAAAAGUCCCGCCCCCUCAGGGUUCUGCUCGCGGUGGUUGUUGUUUUCAUUGUCACUCAGCUGCCCUACAACGUUGUCAAGUUCUGCCAAGCCAUAGAUGCCAUCUACCUGCUAAUCACCAACUGUGACAUGAGCAAGCGCAUGGAUGUUGCCAUCCAGGUCACCGAGAGCAUUGCGCUCUUCCACAGCUGCCUCAACCCCAUCCUGUAUGUCUUCAUGGGGGCCUCUUUCAAAAACUAUAUCGUGAAAGUGGCCAAGAAAUACGGAUCCUGGAGAAGACAGAGACGGAAUGUGGAGGAAAUUCCUUUUGAUUCUGAGGGUCCUACAGAGCCAACCAGUUCUUUUACCAUUUAAAUAUAAAACUGCUCUCUGUCUCUGCUUUUUGCUUACACACACACACACACACACACACACACACACACACACACACACACACACACACACACAUUGUCUCUUCCUCAAAUAAAAUAUUUGUGUUACACUGAGCUUCAACCAUCCAAUACCAAACACUGUUGUUGCAAUGUAUAACAAAGAAGGAGCAAGGGGUGGGGGUGGGGUAAGGAAGACAGAGUAGACACCAGAGAGCAAACAAGUAGGCAAUAUAAGGAAACUAAAGCUAAUGACAGGAAAAUAGCUUGGCAGGAGGGAGAAAAGCAUUGUGCUAUAAAGAGGAAGUCUUUGUGUGUGUAGGUGUAUGUUGGGGGGAUAGUGUUUUGCAUUUUCGCUGCAGUGGUAGCUAUUCAAAUCUGAUAGCAACUGUAAUUAUGUAAUAUAAAACACUAGGUAAUGAGCACCCAGGACCACCCUGUACUAUCUUUGUAACUUCCUGUGAGUAAACAACUUCAAAAUAAAAAAAUUAAAAAAAAAAAAAGAAA